AUGGCAUCCCCCAAGGCGGGAUACGGGCUACCGGCCAAGCCUACCGACGGCUUUCGAAGACGACCCGAAGACUCGAGAAUGCUGAGUGGCAUCCCAAAAUCUACGUCUCGUGGGAACGAAAGAGAAGCGGACACAUCGAGGACAGCAAAGCAGGAUCAAUCGCAAUCCCGCGGGGCCAGUCGGGUCCCUCUUCCAUCUGCGCCACGCCGUCCCUCUGCUACCCCAAAACUUAUCCCAAAGCUCGCUUCAGACCGGCAAUCAAAGUCAUGGGGCUCAGCAACCAGCUCUUCUGGCCAUUCUCGGUCCCAUACGCAGACUGAAUCAGGCUCGUCGUCCUCCAGUCGGUCAUUCGAUGGUGGCUCAAGAUUGGGACAAAGUGUGCCGAGACGAAAGAAUCCUUCUUUAUCAUCCGAUGCCGCCAGCCUGCUUAGUGAUUCUCCCAAUCCUGGCUCAACUUCUCCCAAGCGCCGGUCACAAGUUAUGAUAGACCCGGCACUUGGAAUUCAGCUUGAUCCAGGUGUCAUCACAAGCACCAGCAGCGUUUACAACGAAGAGUCGUCGACCCUGUCCAAGCCCGUUGGCCAAUCUCCGGUGUUAUACCCUGAGCUAGAUCGAUAUCGCCAUCACGUUCCAGUGCACAAUGUCUCAAACAGGCAGAUCGCGGACAUGCCCUACCGCCUGGCUACGCAUGACCUACCCCCGCCAACGCCUGGAAGCUUGCUCUUCUCUGCCAACAGCAGCGCUAUCAGCGGCAGUCCUUCGACAGGAUUUUCUGCAUCUCCUGCUCCAGGGCCAUAUAGCCGAGACACUACGCCGACUUCAAUAUCUUCGCAAUCUCCCGGACUUUUUGUCCCCAGUCGUGGCUUUCCCCUGACUAAGACCCGGCAACACAGUCCUGCUCUUACUCGCCCGCCGGUGACUAGGCGAAGAACUGCGAGUAUAUCAAAUGAAGUCGACUUAAUAAGCGUGGACCCCCAUGGUCUAGCUGCAGUUAGAGAAUCACUGACUUCUUCAUCAUCAAGUUCUACAGUCAAAGGGAGUGUAGUUAACAGAAGAAAAGAGAAAAAAGUGGGAAAAGUUCUAGCAGCGCCUCCACAGAGCCCACCUCCCCGGAAAUCUUCGCAGAGGUUCCGUACGAGCCAAGACGAUGAGGAGCUUUCUCCCAGGCAGCGUCUGCAACAGAGAACUCGGCCCAUGGAGAUGUCGCCCCCAGCAAAGUCCAAUAUCUCACCUCGCAGCUAUCAGUCACCAUCGCCACAAGCUAUGCCGCCACGCCGACCAAGCCGAGAUGGAACUGCUGAUCUGAAGUCUCAGCUGUUCACGCCAAUUCCCGUCAUUCAAAGUAGUUUAGCGCUCCGAGCAGCCAAUAUGGAGAGACGUGAUAGUGACUCUUCAACCCCUCACCCAUCUCAGCCUUCAGUUUCGCAGGUCAACAAGAGUGCCUCGACAUCAAAUCUCCUCACAUCUGAGCAACCUAUCCCAUCAACCAGGUUGACGGGUCGGAGAAAGCUUAGUGUGUCUGGUAUUGUCAAGCCAACUGACACAUCCACCUCGACUGCCAAGGCUUCGGGCUCUCGAUUCCCAUUCUUUGGGCGCAAAAAGUCUGCUUCUGAGAGCGUAGCAAAUGAUAGAGAGAAAAAAGACAAACAGAAAGUACCGAGAAAAGGUCCAGCGGCUGGCACAGGUCAUGAAGGGUACGGACGCAUCGGUGCCGUUCGACGGCGGAGUGGGAUGAUUCCGAAUCCUCAAUCAUCAAAUGAGAGCCUUGUCAGUGGUGACUCUUUCCUGGCUGACCGCAUCAAUCCUGUCAUUAUCUCAGGAGGAGCUAUCGUCGAAAAUCGAAACGCCAGUGCCGAGCUUCUCAGGUCAGAGAGCAACCUGAGUUUAUCAACAAACGAACGUCCAAGCAUUGAUUCAGUAGCAAAUUCCACCAUGUCUUCUGCUUCGAGAGAUGUGUCAAGAACAUCUCUCUGGCCUUCAGCCAUCCCUCGCGGACCUCACAAUACCCGAAGACCAUCUGACAGCACUGAUACUAGUAGCGCGACCAUGGGAUCAACAUUGGCAUUCCGGCGAUCAAUUCAACGACUAAAGUCGUUUCCGGAUAACCCUCUGCAAAUGCCACAACCGAUAAACACUAGCGGGGCAAUCUCAUCGCCAAUGACCAGCUUUGAUACCAGCAUCAUGUCUGAUGAGUCUUCGCUAUUCAAUAUCCAGCAACGGCCAUCUCAGGAGUUGAGCAAUGUCCCACCAGCACCAAAAAAGCUGCAAAAGAAGCCUCGAUCUCCAAGAAAAUGGAACCUGUUUGGUAGAUCCAACGCUCAGCCCAAACAGAGAAAAACAAGUGAGACAGUUGCAGUCACAAUUCAGCCGGUGGAGAAGAAGCCUGUGGCAUUUUAUACCAUGAUGGACUCGCCUGAACAAGAGCCUGUAGACCUACGGGAAAUUCUACGGGAAGCCGACGCCUACUCGCGCUCGCCUGCUAAGAUGGGUACCCCUGAGCUGCAGGCAGCUGAAGGACAGUCUCCCAUCUUAUCGCAGUUGCAACCUCCAGCAAACAUCACACCGCAGCAACCCUUACCUGGCCAUGAAUUUCAGGCAAUGAUACCCGGGCCCACCCUUCCACAAGCUGAAGCAGGAGUGCCUGUUGCUGUGACGCUGAGCUCUGGGAGACCCAGUCGACUACCACAAGUAGGAAGAAUCCCCCAGGUGGUGAGCAAUCGUCCCGAGCCGGCCUCCCCUCGUAGCUUCUCGCGGCCGUUUGGGCCAAAUCAGCCGCUGGCUUUGCAUAUACCUCCCACACGUGGUGUAGGCAUGAACACCAGGGUGCCUAACUUCUCCAAGCCAUCCACACCCAUCCCGGAUGCCAGCGGCGAAGGCUCAACCACCGACGCAGGGACAGAAUUUUCCUUCUUUAGCGAGCCUAGACAACACAGAUCUCCCGGUCCUCCAACUACACAAGAGUUCUUGGCAUUCUCUCCUCGAAAGAACUCUGACUGUACCUCUUCGACUGAAUCUUGUGUCUACAGCUACGUAGAAGCGACUGCUAUUAUCCCAAAGCCUGAUGACCCACCUGCGGAAGAUGAGGUUUGGGACGAGUACGAUGAUCUUCUAGGGGAAGAGGCUGUGAAAGACCGACAAUCGACUACAUCUUCCAAGGGUGUUCCUUUUCAUCUCGAAACAUAUCAAAUGAAGCUAAUGAAGGGGAAGUCACUUGAGUCUCCAACAAUCGUCACUGAUAACCGCAAACUGUCGACUCUCUCAGAUGCCCCAACAGCUUCCACUUCCUUUAGUGCUGAUAUGACAGAGAGAAUUCGCAAAGCCUUUCAGCCUCAUCCUAGCCCUACUGUGCCUUCACCGGUGCCGGAGGAUGCAGAGCAAUAUCUUGGCGGACAUUCAAGGAAGCCUAGCGCCGCUGAGACGGCCCGUCACAGUACUGUUUCUUCUCACAGGUCUAGGCAAUCGAGCUCAUCCAACUCUUCAGAAGAAGGAACACCUCUGGCUCAGGUGAAUCUUCGCGUAGGAUCUAUGACCGUUAGUAAAUGGCUUACUUUUGGUCAAGUUCUCUUUAGCGAUAUUCGCCAUGGGCUGGUGCGUGGCCAAGAGUCCCUUGAACGCCCUCAAGUUCUUGUUAUCGAUGGGCUCGGUAACGACGACUGGUCAUUUUACGCUGCGGAAACAUACUCAGCCGCCAGCUUCUUCAACCUGUCUCCACGAGCUCCUUUACCUGCUGAAGUACAGAGCUCUCCAUCUCGCUAUCCCUUGAGCCCACCCAAUCAUCAUCAAGUACAAUAUCUUUCCCAUCUUGACGAGUUUCCCUUUGAUCCGCAAACAUUCAACUGCGUUGUUUAUCGGUUCCCAGCUGCUGCCACGGAAGCGCAUUAUCAAAACGUUCUUUCCGAAGCCCGUCGUGUGCUCAAGCCGGGCGGAUAUCUUGAACUAUCUAUUCUUGACGCCGACCUCAAUAACAUGGGCAAUCGCGGGCGCCGGGCCAUUCGCCAGCUUAAGGAACGCAUAAACGGAGCGUCUCCAGAAACUAAUCUGGCGUCUACUGCCGAUCUCAUUGUUCGUCUUUUGGGAAAGAGUGGCUUUUCAACGAUCAAAGCUGCGCGCGUUGGUGUUCCGGUGGCAAGUUCAAUCACUUCCUCAGACGACAACUCUCAAGGCAGAAGCUCAAUCGACGCCAAAAAGAAGAAGCCCAGGGAUCAACCUAGCCUUGCAGAAAUGAUGCGAGACCAUAGUUCAAAUGCAGAUGAGGGCAUCACCAAUAUGGUAUCCCGAGUGGGUCGCUGGUGGUACUCUCGAUGCUAUGAGAACGCAGCCAGUCAUUCCUCUGGAAAGAGCAUCUGGAACGAUAAAAUUUUACUCAGAGAAUGCGAGGAUCUGGGCACUAGUCUCAAACUGAUGGUUUGUUGUGCUCGUGCGCCUUGA